UUAUCUACCGUUUUGUAGUCAUAUUUCAGUUGUAGCUAAGGCAUUGUCGAGCAAAUUGUAUGAGCUUGCGUUUAGUGUUUUCUCGCCGGAACUUUUAAUUGAAGUAAAUAAGCAAUAUGUUUACGUUAUGCGUGCUUAUUUCGUCGCUACUUCUGACGCUGCAGCUGGGUACAGCCUUAGAAUUUCAAGAUUGUGGAUCAAAGACGGGAAAAUUUACUCAAGUCACCAUUGAAGGCUGUGAUACCACAAAGCCGGAGUGCCUUCUACAACGAAAUACCAAUGUUUCAAUUUCGAUAGACUUUGCAUUGGCCGAGACGGCUUCUGUCGUUAAAACCGUUGUGCACGGCAAGGUUUUGGGCAUCGAAAUGCCCUUUCCACUCACUAAUCCCGAUGCCUGCCUUAACAGCGGACUCAAGUGUCCAUUAGAAAAUAACGAAGCUUAUAGAUAUACGGCCACGCUGCCUGUACUGAAGAGUUAUCCAAAGGUCUCAGUGCUAGUUAAAUGGGAGCUGAAGGACCAGAACAGUGUGGAUAUCGUAUGCGUUGAAAUUCCUGCUAAAAUACAAUAAUAUGCGGGCACUUGAAACUGUUCAACUUGCAUCGCUAUAUUCUUAUUGUAAUCUAAUUUAAAAUAAAGAAAAAAGCAACAAAAAAAAAAAAUUUAUUUAAAUGAUUUCGUUCAUUAAGAGGCCGAGCUAUUUCGGUUGACUGUCACUGCCAUCGUUUUCUUUGUUUGCAUUUUUAUUGCUUUUUCCGCUAUGUGUGGAUUGUAUGUAAUAAAUAAAGGUGAAGAAACGGAUAAAUUAUCUGUCUUAUCUGUCUUGCCAA